AUGGUAUCCUUCCGGAGAGCAGGCGUUGCUCUGCUGCUAUGGUCUAUCUCCGCAGCAGCAGAAACAUUCGACUACGUCGUCGUCGGAGGGGGAACUGCAGGCGCAGCCCUCGCCGUGCGUCUCGCCGAGGCGUCGCAUAGCGUUGCUCUAAUCGAGGCCGGGACUCAUUACGAACUUACAUGGCCGCUGGCUGCUAUUCCUGCGACGGAUGUGCUUCCCGUGGGCUCUGAUCCUGAUCCUGAGGUUCAUGUGCCUGCGGAUUGGGGGUUUGUGACUACGCCCCAGCCCGGUGCGAAUGGUCGGGAGGUUCAUUUUGCGAGAGGGAAAUGUUUGGGUGGAUCGUGA